AUCUCAGACGGGGAGGGGAGAGUCCAGGAAGCCUGUGGGGGAGGAAAUAGUGGAAGCAAGUGGACCGACUGACCGAUUGACUGACUGACUGACUGACGGACUGGCUGGGUGUUUCUCUGAGGAGUGUCUGACUGACAGGAGGAGUGACCAGGCUCUCAGCGUGGCACGAUGGCAGAUGACACGGUGUCGGCCAGCAGUAACAUGGACAUGGAGGACCGGGUUUCACACCUGGAGCAGCGGCUACAGCUGCAGGAGGACGAGAUCCAGCUGCUGAAGGCGGCUCUGGCCGACGCUCUACGCCGGCUGGGUUACUGCGAGGAGCACAACCAGGGGAUGCAACCGGGAGGUUCCCAUGCAGGGAGGAGACCUCUGGCAACUACGGGCUCCGCAGCACCAACCAAAGUGCGUCAGCUGCUGCAGGCUCUUCCCUCCAGACCACUGAGCAACGGCUACGUCCAACAGAAACGCCUCCUUUCCUCCCCUUCAUCUCCAAAGAAAGAGGUGCUGCAGUCCAUUAAGAGAAAGAGUAUGUCCACAGAGCGGCUCACCCUGGUGAGGAGAGAGAUGGCAGCGGAGAGUCGGAGUCGAACCACCUCCUCCAGCAGCUCCUCCGGCGGCAAAAGUAAAUCCAAAGAAUGCACUCUCAAUGCAGAGGACGGCUACGUGAGGAUGUUCCUCCGAGGUCGUCCCGUCACCAUGCACAUCCCCGACCAGCAGAGGGAGAGCUACAGCAUCGACCAGAAGGUGGCUCUGCCGGACCACAAGCUCAAACUGCAGUGGGUAUACGGAUACCGCGGCCGUGACUGCCGCUCCAACCUUUACCUGCUGCCCACAGGUGAGAUAGUAUACUUCAACGCUUCAGUGGUGGUUCUGUACAACACAGAGGAGCAGCAGCAGAGACACUAUCUGGGACACAACGACGAUGUCAAAUGCCUGAGUGUGCAUCCCGAUAUGGUUACCAUAGCAACUGGGCAAGUGGCUGGAAACUCUAAAGAUGGAAAGCUGCUGGCUCCUCAUGUUCGUGUCUGGGACUCUGUGAGCCUCAACACGCUUCAUGUGCUCGGGAUGGGAGUGUUUGACAGGGCGGUCACCUGUGUGGCUUUCUCCAAGUCGAACGGUGGCACCUUCCUCUGCGCCGUGGACGACGCCAACGAUCACAUCUUGUCAGUCUGGAACUGGCAGAAGGAGAAGCAACUGGCUGACGUCAAGUGCUCCAAUGACUCCGUACUGGCUGCUGUGUUUCAUCCCAUGGACACCAACCUCAUUGUCACCUGUGGAAAAUCCCACAUCAACUUCUGGACCAUGGAGGGCAACACUCUGACCAAGAGACAGGGCCUGUUUGAGAAACAUGAGAAACCCAAGUAUGUGCUUUGUGUGGCGUUUGCUGAGAAUGGAGAUGCCAUCACCGGAGACUCCAGUGGAAACAUCUACAUCUGGGCCAAAGGUGGUAACCGCAUCAGCCAGGUGGUGUCGGGAGCCCACGAAGGCGGUAUUUUCUCUGUUUGUGUCCUGAAGGACGGCACCAUGGUGUCUGGAGGAGGCAAAGACCGCAAGGUGGUGCUGUGGGACCACGAUUACAGGAAACAAUCUGAGAUGGAGGUGGGCGACUCGUUCGGUCCUGUUCGGGCUCUGGCUGAAGGUAAACCAGGAGAACUCUUUAUCGGAACCACAAAGAAUGCCAUCAUCAGAGCCGCCUUCCCCGAUACUUUAACUCCUAUCGUACAGGGUCACACAGAUGAACUGUGGGGUUUGGACAUUCAUCCGUCCAUGGAGCAGUUCGUCACCUGCUCACAGGACAAACAGGUUCACCUCUGGGACACCAACUCCCAUCAGCCCCUCUGGAGCAAGACCAUCGAGGAUCCAGGGAGGUCUGCAGGUUUCCAUCCCAGUGGGGCUGUUCUGGCUGUGGGGACCAUGACUGGAAGAUGGUUGGUGCUGGACACCGACACUCGAGAUCUCGUUUCUAUGCACACAGACGGCAAUGAGAUCAUCUCCAACGUCAAGUACUCUCCAGACGGUAACUUCCUGGCUGUCGCCUCCCACGACAACUUUGUUUACAUCUAUGCUGUGACGGAGAACGGCCGAAAGUACAGCCGUGUGGGGAAAUGCACUGGCCACUCCAGCUUCGUCACCCAUCUGGACUGGUCGAAAGACAGCAAAUACCUUGUUACCAACUCAGGAGACUAUGAGAUCCUCUUCUGGGAGGCAUCCAACGGGAAACACGUGACCAACAUGGACACGGUGCGCAACCUGGACUGGGCCACUUCCACCUGCACUCUCGCCUUCAACACCUUUGGAAUUUGGCCAGACGGAGCAGACGGCACAGACAUCAACGCUGUGUGCAGGUCACAUGAUGGAUCCCUGCUGGCCUCUGCUGAUGACUUUGGCAAAGUGCACUUGUUCUCCUUCCCCUGCUCUCAGCCAAGGGCUCCCAGUCACGAGUAUGGUGGCCACAGCAGUCACGUGACCAACGUUGCCUUCCUGCAUGACAACAGUCACCUGAUCUCCACCGGCGGGAAAGACACCAGCAUCCUGCAGUGGGUGGUUGCCUAGACAAUGCCAUCCAUCCAUCUCCACUUACGAUCCCCAUAAACAGGGAUCAGCAUCAUAUCUGACCCCCGUCUCCUCACUGUUUUAACCUCCUGCUACCAGGGGGCAUCACCUCCGCUGUGCCUACUGGAAACAAAAACAAAAAAACAGCAUAACUUGACCAACCCACAGAUGUCACCCCAGAUGAGAUGAGUAUCACUGUAAUCAAUGGAAAUGUACCGCUGUGUGUAUUAAUAGAAUGUAGAGAAAAUGACUUGGUUGCGAAAUCAAUUUCUGCAACUACAGUCCCAGCCUGAUGCUGCAGAUGGCAACCACACAGUAAACCUGUGGUUUUAGCAUUAGUACUCACUGUGCCUAAACUGUAUUUAUUUUAACCCCCUUUAAAGGGAAUUCCAUCUAUUUGAAGAGACAAGUUUGUUACAAGUUUUAGCCCCUUAAUUGCAACGCAUGUGCACUAAAUUUUUGUUAUUAUUUUUUAAUGCAUGCAACAUGGUUAAUGUUGGAGUUAUAUUCAAAUUUAAAUGAUUUAUAUUGUGUUGUUCAUGUAUUGGCUUCCUUUAAUUUCCUUAAGGUGUGGAAAAAAUAGUGGGCAAACGCUUGAGGUAGAUGCAAACUAUAUGCGAACCAGUGAAUUCUGAAUUGGUUUUCAAAAUAAGAGCUUUGAUUUGGAAUAACAGGGUUAAUAAAUGGAAUUUUUCCAUAGUUGAGUGUAUUAGAUUCUUGUGAACGUACACUUUCCUAAAGCCAGGAGUCACAGAAACAAGCCUUCAAACUUGUGACAAACUUGUGUAGAGAUAUCAGAAUAAAACGGGCAACUUUUGUCGAGAUGUGAUAUUCUAAAGUCAGAAAGAGUAUUGCAUGUUUGGAGGGAUAUUUGUCUUUGAGGGUUGGCUAGGGAUCCCUAAAAUGGGUGGUAUUCCCCUUAUAAAUUACUUACUAUAGCCCCAUUGCCUUGCUAUAUUCCACAUUUCCAGCCCUCAGCCUGAUUUCUGAACUCUUUAGGUGCACAUUUGUAAGUAUUGCAGAUUGCUCUAGGAGAUUGUGAACGGUACGAAGUGGCUGUUUUGUCCCGGGCCUUUGUUUCACCUUCUCCCCUUCCCCACCCCAGACUGCUGUGUUAUUGAUUGUACUACUACUACUACUGUAACUGUGCUGAGAAGGCACUAGGUGGCGCUACAGUGCUAGAGAAUGAGCAUGACUGAAGCUGCCCUCCUGUAGAUGCUGUUAAUGUCGCAAAGGUCUCUAGAGUAAAUAUAUAUAUUAUGCAGUAUAUCCGAGUGGCUGUGUUAUUUUAAUAUUUAACUGUAACAACGAUGGAUGUUAUUAUUAUUAUUCUUGUGGCACUUUUAGCGAUUGACAGAGCGGUAAUGUAGGCUGCUGUGCUUUGGAAGUGAGCUUGAUGCUGUGCUUUGCCUUCUUCAGUUUUGUUAAUAAAGUUUUUACCCAAAUACUA